AGCGCACUGGGCAUGCGGGGCGGACGGGCCCAUUCCGGAGGGCGGGCAGGCCCCGCCGGAGAGCCGUAUGGAUAGAGAGCAAGAGCGCCCCGCCCCAUCCUCCCCUGCGGCUGGUAGCGCCCUGUGCGAAGGGGUAGCGGCGGAGCGGCGCGGCGGCGCUGGGCUGGCGGCUCUGCCCUGCGCCAUGAGGCACCUGCCGUACUUCUGCCGCGGGGAGGUGGUGAAGGGCUUCGGCAGAGGAUCCAAGGAGUUGGGCAUCCCCACCGCUAACUUUUCUGAGCAAGUGGUUGAAAGCUUUCCACCUGAUAUCUCUACUGGUAUAUACUAUGGAUGGGCCUGUGUUGGAAAUGGAGAUGUACAUAAAAUGGUUUUGAGCAUAGGAUGGAACCCUUUCUAUAGGAAUACUAAGAAAUCAGUGGAAACACAUAUUAUCCACACCUUCAAGGAAGACUUUUAUGGAGAAAUUCUUAGUAUAGUCAUAGUUGGAUAUAUUCGACCGGAAAAAAACUUUGAUUCCUUAGAGGCGCUCAUUUCAGCAAUUCAGGAAGACAUUGAAGAAGCAAAAAGACAACUAGAUUUAGCAGAACAUCUUAAACUCAAAGAAGAUAACUUCUUUCAUCUGCCAGAAGGAAAAUAGUAAACAACCACUGAGAAAAACAAUACAGUUUUUUAUUUGUUUGUUUGUUUGAACUUCUUUUUCUUAUUUUCUUUCCCUGUCAUGGAGCCUUUAUAUUUGCACUGCUUUCAUAGGUGCUUUUUUGUCAUAUGUCUGUUAGGUAACUGAGAUUGAAACCAAUCAUACAAGAUGAUUUCAGUUUUCUUUGGUUAAUUCAACAUUAACCCAGUCAUGCAAAAGGACUAGAAGGCUGUAAUAGGUCCUUACAGAUAAAUUCUGUAUCCUAAAGUUACCAGUUGUUCAGAAAGUGGAGUAUAUUCAGAACAUGACCAAAGUUAAUUGUAAACCUAGGGUAUGGAUAGUUCAGUUAAUGAAGAAUGUCUGUUUUUAAGAUAGAGAAUGUUAUUCCAGCUUCUUUUCUGUUUUAUGUCAUUCUUAGAUCUGGAUUUUAGCUUAGGAAAUUUUGCUGUUGAUUGAGUCAGAAAUUUCCUGUGGUUAGAUAUGAUCAGGUAACAAUAGCAAGAUUAAUUCUCUAUAGGACUUAUUUUUUAUAUACUGCUGUCAUAUUGCUUUAAUUGAAAUUAUUUAUUUUAAGUUUAUUUGAAAUGGAGGAAAUCACUGUUGCUCGUUAUGUUACUGGAAUCUGAGCUAUAAUUUUUCAUAGUUGCUUGUACAUAUGAUAGUACAUGACCUGUGUAGUUUAUUUCUGGGGGGUGUUUCACUUAAUUUCAGGAAAUGAAUGUGAAAGUCGAUAAACUGUAAAAGUUCAGGGGCAAAAGAUGCAGGAACAAUAUAACAAGAUUUCUGCUCAUUGGGCCUUAAGGGAAAAUAGGUAGUGAGAGGCAAAUCUGCAUUUUAUAUGCUGCUGGUAUUUGUUAUGAGAAAAUGGGGAAAAUCUUGAGGUCUUUCUCUGCACUGUCAAUAAAAUGUCUGACUUCAAGGCUGGCACUAUUGUAAGGCACAGAAAAAUCUCACAAAUGCUCUGCACUAAGUGCAGGUAAGAGCCAAAGUUUUGGCUGACCAAGUAGACAAGUACACAAAUGAAAGCCGUUAGGGAUUCAUUGCAUAAUAUGUCAACACUGUAGUGGAUAUUCGUUAUUUAUUACAAGUAGUUGCAGACAGUGCUACUCUGAAAUGCAGGAAUACAAAUGGGGAUUUGACUAGAUCUCGGAAGCUCCCUUCCAACACUGACUAUUCUGUGAUAGGUAAAUGGAGGGAGUACUAUCAGAAUUGAUAGUAAUUUGGAAAAUAUUUCUCCAAGUAUGUAAUGUGUGAUGCCAAAUCUACUCUUGUUUUUCUCUGAUAAAUGGAAUGGAAGCGAGUAAGCUGCAGGGACUUUGUCAUGACCAUAGUCUUUUGACAUCUGCCUGUGAUGUGUCUGAAACAUAUUCUGAAAUUUUAAAUGAUUCUGUGAAUGUGUCUUGGCUGUGCUUUUUGAACUACCAUGUACAGUAUGGAAUGCACAAUUUCUGUAGUGAAAUUUAAUGAAUUUAUUCCUUGUCCUAUCCUAUUCUAUCCUAUGACGGUCCUAUCCUAGUAUGGUCUUAAGCUCUGCCAGGGAAAAUUUAAGUUCGAUAUUAGGAAGAAAUUUUUUACAGAGAGGGUAAUCAGGCAUUGGAAUGGGCUGCCCAGGGAGGUGGUGGAUUCACUGUCCCUGGAGAUUUUUAAGAUGAAACUGGAUGUGGCACUUAGUGCCAUGGUCUAGUAACCACAGUGGUGUUGGAUCAAGGGUUGGACUUGAUAUCACGGAGGUCUUUUCCAACCCAGUUGAUUCUAUGAUUCUGUUUGAAUCCUACUUGAGGUUUAAGAGAGUUUUUACAAGGUAGCUGUUUGGGUCUUUGUGGUCUUUGGGUCUUUGUGGCAGGUGCUGUCAGGAUGAUAGUUUCACUUCAUAUUGUUUUAAAUUUUAGCCAGUGUCAUGGGCUAUUGCUAGGGAAGAGGUCAAGAGGUCUUAGGGAAGUCAAGGACUUGUGUUUGUUCUUUAGGACUCCAGGAUUUCAUUUAAAUAAAUUGUCCACCAGUGCUGGUGAUUGCAGAGUUGAUAGAUUCAGUACAGAAUUGGGGGAGAGGGACAUGGGACAACAGUUAUCAGCAGUUAGAUAUACUUUCUUUUAAAGGGUAAUGGAGAUGAUUUAGUGGACUUCUACUAUAUAAUGUGUUGGAAACUGUAUUUCCAAAAAGUCUGUAAAAGAAUUGUCUUACAAGGGGGAUGGUUGGAAUUUUUUACAUUUUAAAAUGGAGGGAUGAAGGGAGAAUUAUUUUUUUUGUGCAAAGAGUUUAUGCAUUCUUCAGAUUGUAUUAAUGUUAAAGUCAUAUAUUUUACUACUCUUUUUAGAGAACAAAAGCCACACUAGUCAACCAAGUGUGUUGUCAAGAAUAGAUUGUUGUUCAUUGUAGUACUAUAGUUAAACACUCAUAGCUGCCUUUAAAAUUCUUUUUUCCAGUAAUGUCAUGUGUCAGUUGUGGAAACCAUGGUGCCUUAAGAUGGUUGUCUGAAUAAUACUCUUCUGUAUCUGCUAAUAAAUGCUACUAUCAAAAAUUGAAUUCACCAUUUGGUUAUAGAACUACUGUGCUAUGGAUAGAGAACAGUGGCAAGGGGAAAACUUGAAAGACUUGGGUUGCUCUCAAAUCCUAGCUAAGAUGUCAUAUAUGGAUACACUGAACUAAUAAACUGCUCUUUAUGUGUUUGUCUUCAAAUUUGAGAAAAUGUUAUUACAUUCAUUUGGCUAAGUAUACCUGUCCAUAUUAUUUAAGAGAAAAUGUUAUAUAUCAUUGGUUAAGCUCAAUGCGUAAUUCCUAGCACAAUAUAAAAUUUAUGAAGGGUUAUAUUUUUGUAUUAUGUACGAAUAAUUGUAUUUAUUUUGGUUGAUGUUACUACACUGUACCAAUUACUAAAGGAACUGUAAUUGACAAAAUUA